AUGCUGCAGUCGCUGGCGGGCAGCUCGUGCGUGCGCCUGGUGGAGCGGCACCGCUCCGCAUGGUGCUUCGGCUUGCUGGUGCUGGGCUACCUGCUCUACCUGGUCUUCGGCGCCGUGGUCUUCUCGUCGGUGGAACUGCCCUACGAGGACCUGCUGCGCCAGGAGCUGCGCAAGCUGAAGCGGCGCUUCGUGGAGGAGCACGACUGCCUGUCCGAGCAGCAGCUCGAGGGCUUCCUGGCGCGCGUGCUGGAGGCCAGCAACUACGGCGUGUCCGUGCUGAGCAACGCCUCGGGCAACUGGAACUGGGACUUCACCUCGGCCCUCUUCUUCGCCAGCACCGUGCUCUCCACCACGGGGUAUGGUCACACAGUGCCUUUGUCAGAUGGAGGAAAGGCCUUCUGCAUCAUCUAUUCUGUCAUUGGGAUCCCCUUCACGCUGCUUUUCCUGACAGCAGUGGUGCAACGCCUUAUCGUCUAUGUCACCAGGCGGCCUGUGCUGUAUUUCCACGUUCGCUGGGGUUUUUCGAAACAGAUAGUUGCCAUCAUCCAUGCAGUAAUCCUGGGCUUUGUUACCGUUUCUUGUUUUUUCUUUAUCCCAGCAGCAGUGUUCUCUGUCCUUGAAGAUGACUGGAACUUUCUGGAAUCUUUUUACUUUUGCUUUAUUUCUCUGAGUACCAUUGGCCUUGGCGACUACGUUCCAGGAGAAGGGUAUAACCAAAAGUUCAGAGAGCUGUAUAAAAUAGGAAUUACAUGUUACCUGCUGCUGGGCCUCAUUGCAAUGCUGGUGGUUCUAGAGACUUUCUGUGAACUUCAUGAACUCAAAAAGUUUAGGAAAAUGUUCUAUGUGAAGAAGGACAAGGAAGAGGACCAAGUGCAUAUAAUAGAGCAUGACCAACUGUCCUUCUCUUCGAUUUCAGACCAGGCUGCUUCCAUGAAGGAAGAUCAGAAAGUAAACGAGCCCUUCGUGACCCCUCAAGCAGCAGCCAAUUGUGAUGGCUGCUUAAACAAUUAGCCAAGGGCUCCUGCUCCAAUUUCAACAGUGCACUUACCAUUCUUGCAGUUAGAACUAGGGCCAUUAAUACAGAGGCAGGGAUGGCUAUGCUAUAUUAUCCAGUAUUCAUUUGGGGAUAUUUUGCAGUGUAUGGGCCAAAUAGAGCUUUCAUUAGAUGGAGCUACAUUCUGGGAAUGUGGACUAAAAGACAGUGUGCAGCUGGGAAUCUCUGGACUCAUGAUGUAUACAUGGAGCAUAAAUAUGUGAGGCUUGAUUUGAGGGGGGGAAAGGACUUCAUUUCUCAUUCCCCAGGCCCUUUAAAGUACUCCCCCCUUCCCACAAAGAAACCCUUUGUCUUUUGUUGACAGACUUGGAGUUUUCUCAUGCCCCAAGUGGCUUUGGAACUUGGAUGGAAACUGAAGUGUUAGGAAAAACCUUUUGAAAAAGACUUCAUGUUUUCCAGGCAGUGUUGAGUUGGAAGACUGGAAGCCACAGUACCACCUGAAAAACAGCAAUAGUCUUUGCCACAUCUCAGUGAGAUUUCCUAAUUACGGGCCAGGACACAGCACAUUAUGCCCAUACUUGCACCCCCACUUUACCUGAAGACUCAGAUCAAGUACUUUGUUAGAAGUUCUGUGUGGCUUCCCUUACUCUGAUUUGGGAACUCAGCUGCACACCUUCCAAGUCAGACUCCAUAAGAAUAUAGACAGACAUUCUAAAAUGUAACAGGAAGUGGUUUGAACACUUAUUUGCUAUAUGCCAACCGUACUUCAAAUGUUUGUCUCUAUAUAUUCCAAUCUGCAGAUGUUAACCGAGCAAGAAUUCUAUAUCUGGGUGCUUUCCUUCUGGCCUUAAAAAAUAGCAAAAAGGUGUUUUGCAACUGAUUUUAGUGAAUAUAGGAUCAGGGACCCAUGAACACCAGCAUAUACAACAUUGCAGGCACAAUAUAGGGGAAAGCCAUCUUCCUUAACAUUCUCACACACCCCUUUGAUCUAAUUGUCCCCCAAGGCUGUAAUUCUCAAACCAUUUGUUGCUAAGUGGUUCCAGAAUUCUGGGCCUGUCUAUUCAAAGAAACACUAGUUGAGCUGAAUACAAGUAUCUAGACUUUUAUGAGAAGAGUAAAAUACUUGAAUCUCUAUCAGCUAAAAGCACUGUAUGUAAGUUUAGUUAAUAGCACCUACUGUUUAUUAAUAGAUUUUAUACCUUUACUAGGAAAGUUGACUUUCUUGACAAAUCUGCUUUACAAACUAUAUGAGCUGAAAUUUAUAUUUAAGAAAACAGAACUCAGAGAUGCGUCUUAAACUUGAUUUGGAUCACAGUGUGUUUGCAUGCCUUCAUCAAAAUGGCUAUUUUUGUAUAUCCUGAGUUGAUUCUGUUUAUAAUGUUAAACCAUUUUUGUGUGUAUGUGUAUAUAUAUAUUUAUAUACUGUACAUAAAUUCUAGAUUACCAGAA